CGUGAUCAGACAUCAAACGUUACCAGUAAUCAGUCGUUGAUUCCUUAUUUCCCUGCUGGUGUAGAGUUGAUACUGAGUGCAUGAGUUUUCGCUUCAAGUUUCAAUUAGUGAAUUUCAUCCAAGAAUAACAUCGCAAACAUGGACGAAAUAGAUGUAAACGAAGGAGCGUCCAGCAGUUACACAAAUGUGGACGAAAGAACGUCGUUGUUGCAAACUCCCCGCCGCAAGAUGCCGGAGAAAAAUAUUGGAAUAUCCCAGCAAACAUUGGUGUCGAAUGCUGGUGAGAAUGGCAAUCGUCCACGAAAGUUGCCGCAAUAUAUAGCAGGAUUGGCCUCAACGUUGGGUGCUUUAGCAGCGGGAAUGGUACUCGGCUGGACAUCGCCAGCAGGAGAUAAUGGAAUAGAACUGAAGAAACACAAAGUGUACAGCUUCGACUUCGACGAUAGCGAAUUUUCGUGGGUGAGUUCGUCAUUCAAUUUGGGAGCAGCAACGAUUUGUGUACCAAUAGGAAUACUGUGCGACUACAUAGGAAGAAAAACGUCGAUGCUGAUAUUGACAGUGCCAUUUACAAUCGGUUGGGCGUGCGUAAUAUGGCCCAAUUCGGUAGCAACUUUGAUCGCCGGACGUUACAUACUCGGUAUAAGCGGAGGAGCAUUUUGUGUGACAGCACCGAUGUACGCAUCAGAAAUGGCGGAUAAUGAAACUAGGGGAAGGCUCGGCUCCUACUUUCAGUUGUUACUUACGUCUGGUAUUUUAUUGACAUACAUUUUGGGUUCGAUCGAGACACUAUCAAUGUUUAAUUUGUCACUGAUAUCUGCAUCAAUUCCUCUCAUCUUCUGUGUUGUAUUUUUCUUCAUGCCCGAGACACCGACUUACUAUUUGAUCAAGGACAAUGUGACAAUGGCACGUAAGACUCUCACCUGGUUGCGAGGAUCCCAUUACAAUGUUGAAAUUGAGCUCCAAGAGCAAAGGGAAGCUUUGGCUGAAGCAAAACGCAAUCAAUCCUCGUUCUUCAGUGCUAUCAGGUCGCGAGCUGCUAUUAAAGGACUCAUCAUUGCUUUUGGCCUCAUGUUUUUCCAGCAAUUGAGCGGCGUUAAUGCCAUUAUAUUCUACGCCGGUGGAAUAUUUGCUCAAGCCACUGGCAGCAAUGCCUCCUGGCCAACUAUUGUUGUCGGUGCUAUGCAAGUCAUCGCUGUAUUCGUCAGCACCAUUAUCGUUGACAAACUCGGUCGACGAUUGCUUCUCCUAAUAUCCAGUGUUUCCAUGUGCAUCACAACUCUCAUACUCGGAGUGUACUUUUACUGCGACGAAUUUGGACCCUCCAUGGAAAACGUUCGCUGGCUGCCUCUUCUCUGCAUUUGCGGCUUUAUAAUCUUAUUUUCCAUCGGCUUUGGACCGAUCCCAUGGAUGAUGAUGGGUGAAAUAUUCUCUUCUCAAAUCAAAGGUGUCGCCGGCAGCAGCGCUUGUCUCUUCAACUGGCUCAUGGCUUUCGUUGUGACGAAAUUUUACGGUGAUGUUAAAAGCGCCAUCGGACCUUACGGUGCCUUUUGGAUAUUCUCAGCAAUUUGCGGCCUGAGCGUUGUUUUCGUUUUCUUCCUCGUACCCGAAACUAAAGGUAAAACACUCGAUCAGAUUCAGAUGGAAUUAGGUGGUGAAACGCCGUCGGUACAAUCCGCAGGCAAAAUAAAAACGUAAAUUCUCCAUCUCUACCUGCCUGAUAAUUUUUGUUCCUGAUGAAACACUGAACCCGAACAAUGAAUUCGUUUCGUUAUGGCCACUGAGAUCUUACGAACUGCAUCCAAUUCGUACACAACGUGCCUUAUCCAACAUAUCAUUCGAAAAGUUCUACACUCUCUUUCACCGUAAAGCUUGAUAAGAACAUAAUUAUUCUUCAAUUUAUUUCUGUAUAUUUGCAACUCGAAAGAAAUUGCACAAACUUUUUUCAUACCGAUUCAAAUUUAUGUAUAUAGAAAAAUACGAGAAUGACAUUUUAUAGAAAAUUUAAAAGUUACCUUGAAAAUCGAAGAAAAAUCACGUUUAUAAAUUUUAUUGACAUUGUCGUUCACCCAUAGAGAACUGGUUUUUUCUAUGUUACUUAAAUCUUAUACGUUCUAUGAUGAGACUGAUUCUUUUGUAGAUGUCGGGCCUAGGUUUUAAGAAAUUUGUGAGCGUGCAAGAUUUUGAGUGUUACCAUGUAAUAUAUUCUUAAUGUUAGUAUGUGUAAAUAAAUUAUAUUUAAUUGUAAA